AUGGGUAAAGUCCACGGGUCGCUUGCUCGUGCAGGCAAAGUUAAAUCGCAGACUCCAAAGGUCGAGCCUCAGGAGAAGAAGAAGACACCGAAGGGCCGCGCGAAGAAGAGAAUCACCUACACUAGACGAUUCGUGAAUGUUACUAUGACCGGUGGGAAGAGGAAGAUGAACCCGAACCCUACCGCUUAG